AUUCCAUCUUAUAAAAAAAAUAAAAAUCUUUCUUUGAUACAAAGUUUUCUUUAUUUAUUUUUCACUUAAACAAAAACAACAACAACACAAAGAUCAUGUAUUUUUUCUUCAUGAAUAAAAUUGUAAAGAGAAAAAUGAGCAAUAUGAACUUUAUUUUCUUUUUCUUUUCAUUUUUUAUUGUUGAAACUUUGGGAGUUUCUAUACUUGAAUCAAUUAUUAUGAGAGAUGAUAUGAUAAAAAUGGCUGGUUAUGGAGAAGAAAAACUUUCCAAUGUUUUUAUUUAUGGAAAAGUUGUUUGCCAUGAAGAAAAUUAUCAUGAUUGUAAUAAUAUUGUCAAGGAUGAUAAUAAUUUUGAACUUGGUUCAAGACCUAUGUCAGGUGCAUCAAUAGGUGUGUUUUGUGGAUCAAGUGGAAAAACAAGAAGAUCAUGGGCAAGAAACACAACAGAUGAAGAUGGAGAAUUCCUUAUUGAUCUUCCUUCUCAUCUUCAUGCUAUUCCAAACUUGGAAAAAACAUGUUGUGUUAAAGUCCUUCAUCUGCCAAGAGACACCAUUUGUCGACACGCUUUUAGAGGACAACACAAAGGACUCGAGCUAGCUUCCAUCGGUGAAGGCAUCCGUACUUACACAACACAGACGAUUCAUCUGACCCCUAAAGCUGCUACACGACCGUGCGGAAAGAAAGUUGUUGUGAUGUGAUCAGGAGGUCAAAAAUUCAGCACGUCCAACGACUCAAAUAUGAUGGCGCUUUCAGUCACAAACAUUGAGUGGUUGUCUUCUGCUUCCUUCCACAACGAGUUUAUGUGCGUGUGUGUGAGACAGAACGAGAGAUGUAAAUAUAAGUUUCUUUAUAUGAAUGAUGAAAAUCGACUGUAUUUCCACUGAGAUA